GGGAAAGGCUAAUGCUUGAAACACUGGCGAGCAGAUACUCAGCAUCUCCUCCAGACAAUGGACAAGGCUGGCUAGCUCAAGUUCAUUAUAAACUACGCUUAGAAAGCGCGCCUGAGCUCUGUCUGUGGACUUGGAGCCGCCUUCGCAGUCAAAGAGUCGUCUGGUUUCAACAGUCUCCAGUCAAGCUACACGGCCCAAACAGAGUCUAAGAUGCCCUAGGCGGUGAGGAAGGAAAUGUAAAUGGCUUCCAAAGUAAAAGAUGCUGUGGUGUGGUACCAGAAAAAGAUUGGCGCCUAUGACCAACAGAUAUGGGAGAAAUCAGUGGAGCAGAGAGAAAUAAAGUUUAUUUCUCUGGGCUUGAGGAACAAGCCAAAGAAGACGGGACACGUUAAACCAGAUCUCAUCGAUGUGGACUUGGUUAGAGGGUCUGCGUUUGCCAAGGCCAAACCUGAGAGUCCAUGGACGUCACUGACCCGGAAGGGCAUCGUUCGAGUCGUCUUCUUCCCGUUUUUUUACAGAUGGUGGAUCCAAGUCACCUCCAGGGCCAUUUUCCUCUUACUGCUGGCACUCUAUCUGCUGCAAGUCGCUGCAGCAUUCCUGUAUGUGACCAUCCCGCAGCCUCAUGGGAUACCGGCCACCGAGGUGUUUGAAGCCAUCUUGCUCAUGUUGCUGCUGGGCACCGUCCACUGUCAGAUUGUCUCCACCAGGACCCCGAAACCUGCCUCCAGCAGUGGGGGGAAGAGACGCAGGAAGUUGAGGAAGGCAUCUCAGAUGGAGGUGCAUAGGGAAGGCGACGGGUCUAGCACUACCGAUAACACACAGGAGGGGGCGCCACACUCCCACUCAGCCAGCACCACAUACAGCCUGGGCGCUUUCUUCCACGAUUUCUGGCAUGAUAUCUGUAAAGCUGGGUCCAAGAAGUCCAAGCUUUCCAUCGAUAAAUCCACAGAAACGGACAACGGCUACGUGUCGCUGGAUGGCCGCGUGACCAAUCGCAGUAGCGAGGAGGGGCUCCAGCUCCACGAGCAGCGAUGCGAUUUGUUAAAUAGGGCUGACGAGGUGUGCUGGAACCCGCACACACAGCCUGCACACGGUCACGCUGCCCGCAACAAUGGACUGCUGCUGGCCGGUGGUAAUAAGGAGCCGGCGUCAGAUGAGGCUUCCAGUGAGGAGGACCCUGAAGCGUCCUACAGCGCCCUCCGCAGGGGAGUGGAAAGAAUGAACAGUGACUGUGCACUCCGAAAUCGCAAGAAUACGCACCACUAUAAGAAACACUACACUGUGGAGGAUGUCCCCAAGUCUGGUACCAGCUGCAGCUCCAGAUGUUCAAGUCUGAGGACUCAGGAUUCAGAGAGUACUCGACACGAGUCUGAGACCGAGGACCUGAUGUGGGAGGACUUCCUGCACUGCACUGAGUGCCGAUCGUCCUGCACGUCAGAGACAGAGGGAGAAGGAGGAGGAACGCCUGUGUGUCCGGCCAAGAAGGAAUACAGAGACGACCCUUUCCAUCAGGGUCACCUUCCCUGGCUGCACAGCUCCAACCCAGGCCUGGAAAGGGUGAGCGCCAUCGUGUGGGAGGGAAACGAGUGCAAGAAAGCAGACAUGUCUGUCCUGGAGAUCAGCGGCAUGAUUAUGAACAGAGUGAAUCUUUACACUCCUGGAAUCGGUUACCAGGUCUUUGGGAACCUAGUUUCAGUAGCGCUUGGGCUCACACCCUUUGCUUACAGACUGGCUCAGUACCGUGACUUGGAUCAGUUGACCACUCUCUCAGCCAAUGAGCUUCUGUCUGUGGCGCUGGGGUGUGGGUCUGGUUCAGAUGUCCUGGUAAUCACCAUGGUAACGCUCAGCUUCCUGGUGCGCGUUUGCCUUAUCUGGCUCUUCUUCUUCCUGCUCAGCGUAGCAGAGAGGACAUACAAACAGAGACUUCUGUUUGCCAAACUUUUUGGUCACCUGACUUCGGCCCGCAGAGCGAGGAAGUCUGAGGUCCCACAUUUUAGGCUGAAGAAAGUUCAGAACAUCAAGAUGUGGCUGUCGCUACGCUCCUACCUCAAGAGACGGGGUCCUCAGCGUUCGGUGGAUGUCAUUGUAUCGUCUGCUUUCCUGCUCACGUUGUCAGUCGUCUUCAUCUGUUGUGCUCAGUUGCUCCAUGUCCAUGAAACGUUCCUGGACUGUCACUAUAACUGGGAGCUGGUGAUCUGGUGCUCCAGUCUGACUCUGUUCCUGCUCCGGUUCGUCACUCUGGGCUCGGAGACCAGCAAGAAGUAUAGCAACACCUCCAUCCUGCUCACUGAACAGAUUAACCUGUAUCUGAAGAUGGAGAAGAAGCCAAACAAGAAGGAGGAGCUGACACUGGUCAACAAUGUUUUAAAACUGGCAACCAAACUACUCAAGGAGUUGGAUACUCCGUUCAGGUUGUACGGUUUGACGAUGAACCCUCUGCUCUACAACAUCACCCAGGUGGUCAUCCUGUCUGCUGUGUCGGGAGUCAUAUCUGACCUGUUAGGAUUUAACCUGAAGCUGUGGAAGAUCAAAUCAUGACAGUGGACUGAGAAACGGCGUCAACACUUCACUCUCACUGACUGGCUGAACGCUCGUCCGACUGGCCCGACCCACCGAGAGACCGAGCCUCAGCCUCGACAUAUCAGAGUGCUUUGACCUUCAACGUUUCCACUUUGUGCAAUUCACAGACUAUUUAUUUACCCAUUCAGUGUUUAUACCUAGGCUUUAUUUGAAUUCUAGUUUCUUUCAUGUUUUUGUGUUUUGUGACACAAAGUUCGGUUUUUACCUGUCAACAAAAGUGUUAUGAGUGUUUCCCCUAGGUUACCGCUUUGGAGGGGAGACUUCUCGCUUGUUUGUUUUUUUUCCUCCCCCCUGCUCUAAAGCAAAUCUCCCCUGUCGUUUUAGACGGAUCAAGACUUGUUGGGAUGCUUUUUGCAUUUACACACAUGAAGUUGGCUUCAACAGGAGUAACGUUAUCUUCACUUCACAAACAAAAACACAGUAGUGUGCUUUUUUUUCCCUCUCGCCCCCCCUGAGUUGUUGGUAGGGGGAACGCUGUGUGAACAUAAAUUAUUAUUAAGUGAUGGUUGAGGUUCUCAGCUCGAUCUGCAGCUUUUCAUUUUAUCUCAUUUGCAGGCAAAAAUAUUUUA